UCCAGCAUGUCGGACAAGCUGCCCUACAAAGUGGCUGACAUUAGCCUCGCAGACUGGGGUCGCAAGGCCCUUGAGAUUGCUGAGAAUGAGAUGCCAGGGUUGAUGAAGAUGCGGGAGAUGUAUUCUGCAUCGAAGCCUUUGAAAGGAGCUCGAAUUGCUGGUUGCCUACACAUGACUGUGCAGACUGCAGUUCUGAUUGAAACUCUGGUGGCCCUGGGUGCUGAGGUGCAGUGGUCAAGCUGCAACAUUUUCUCCACUCAAGAUCAUGCUGCUGCAGCUAUUGCCAAAACUGGAGUUCCCGUAUAUGCAUGGAAAGGGGAAACGGAUGAGGAGUAUAUAUGGUGCAUCGAGCAGACCCUCUAUUUUAAAGAUGGACAACCUUUGAAUAUGAUUCUAGAUGAUGGUGGCGACCUCACCAACUUGGUUCACACCAAACAUCCAGAGCUUCUGAAAGGAAUCAAAGGUGUCUCUGAGGAGACUACUACUGGGGUCCAUAACCUCUAUAAAAUGCAGGCCAAUGGGACUCUGAAGUUGCCAGCUAUCAAUGUUAAUGACUCUGUUACCAAGAGUAAGUUUGAUAAUCUUUAUGGCUGCAGAGAAUCCCUCAUCGAUGGCAUUAAGCGUGCCACAGAUGUCAUGAUUGCAGGGAAGGUGGCCAUCGUGGCAGGCUAUGGUGAUGUUGGCAAGGGUUGCGCUCAGGCCCUGAGGAACUUUGGUGCCAGGGUCAUCAUCACAGAAAUCGAUCCCAUCAAUGCACUACAAGCAGCCAUGGAAGGUUACGAAGUUACAACGAUGGACGAGGCUUGCAAAGAAGGCAACAUUUUUGUUACAACCACUGGAUGUACAGACAUCGUGCAGGGAAGGCAUUUUGAGCAGAUGAAAGAUGAUAGCAUUGUAUGUAAUAUUGGGCACUUUGAUGUGGAAAUUGAUGUGAAGUGGCUGAAUGCAAAUGCAGUGGAGACUGUGAACAUUAAACCUCAGGUGGACCGCUACAAACUGAAAAAUGGCCGCCACAUCAUAAUUCUUGCAGAAGGCAGGCUGGUGAACUUGGGGUGCGCCAUGGGUCAUCCUAGCUUUGUCAUGAGCAACUCAUUCACCAACCAAGUGCUGGCACAGAUAGAGCUUUGGACAAACCCUGGCAAAUAUGCAGUAGGAGUCCAUAUCCUGCCAAAGAAGCUGGAUGAAGCUGUAGCUGCUGCUCAUCUGGAAAAACUAUGUGUGAAAUUGACAAAGCUGAGCGAUAAGCAGGCUAAGUACCUGGGCCUGCCAAAGGAGGGUCCCUUCAAACCAGAGCAUUACAGAUACUGAGCAGCUAGUGGGGCCCAAAGAUCUCAAGAUGCAGAGAUAGACAUCCAAAGUGCUUGCUUCCCUACUGGGAUUCAGAGAACAACUCCUCCCCUUGUCAUGUGUAGACGCACUUCAUACCAUUUAUCUU